CGAGAUAGAGAGAGGCCACGCAUGCACGCCACCGCGCUCCAUUGGCCGCCCCGUUCCCAUCACCGUCGAUUAAACAACCUGCCUGCUAGCCACCCAGCCAGCCAGCUUGCCAGGAUCCAUCGCCGCAAGCUAAGCCUAGCUUACCACACCUGCGCGCGCGCGAUUCCUUCUACUUCCGCUAGCUGCCCCCCUUCCCUCCAGAUCGAGCUAGCGUGGCGAUGGAGGGGGACGAGGACGGCGACUGGAUGAUGGACCCGGUGCCGGGCGGCGGCAAGAAGGGCGGCGGCGCCGGGAUGAUGAAGAAGCGCUUCAGCGAGGAGCAGAUCAAGUCGCUCGAGUCCAUGUUCGCCACGCAGACCAAGCUGGAGCCCCGCCAGAAGCUGCAGCUCGCCCGGGACCUCUCGCUGCAGCCGCGCCAGGUGGCCAUCUGGUUCCAGAACAAGCGCGCGAGGUGGAAGUCCAAGCAGCUCGAGCGACAGUACGCGGCCCUCCGGGACGACUACGACGCGCUCCUCGCCAGCUACGACCAGCUCAAGAAGGACAAGCUCGCGCUCCUCGACCAGCUGGAGAAGCUGGCGGAGAUGCUGCAGGAGCCGCGCCCACGGGGAUGCGGCGAUAAUGCCAACGCCGGCGCCGGGGAGGACGUGCGCUCGGCCGUGGCUGGCAUGAGCAUGAAGGAGGAGUUCGUCCUGGACGCCGGGGCGCCCAAGCUCUACUCGGCCUCAGACGGCGGAGGGGUAGGCAAGCUCUCCCUCUUCGGUGAGGACGACGAUGACGCGGGGCUCUUCCUCCGGCCGUCGUCGCACCUGGCACCGACGCACGACGGUGGCGGCGGCUUCACGGCGUCGGGGCCGGCCGAGUACCACCACCACCAGCCGCAGCAGCAGUCCUCGUUCCCGUUCCACUCGACCUGGCCGUCGUCGUCCACGGAGCAAACCUGCAGCAGCUCCCAAUGGUGGGAAUUUGAGUCCCUCAGCGAGUGAUCCAGCAAACACAAUCGUCGACGAUCCAUCAUACAGCCAUGCUGCUCAUGCCACAACCUGCAAGCUAGAGAACACGGACAACGCAGGUGGGAUCCGUGGAGAAGAAGACGAUGGUGGUGUGGUGUGUACAUAGCUCGAAUCCCAGGCAGGUCCAUCUCGAUCAGCAAGCAAUUUUUCUUUCCCCUCUCUUCUUCUUCGUUUGCUCUUGUUAAUUAUUACCGCACCCUGUAGUAGACAAAACCAAAACUUAUAGAGAUGAGAUCGAUCUUCACAUGCAACGACGA